UGUUUUCAGCCAGCAACAAAUUAUUAUUUUUUUUGUUUUUCCAAUUAGAACGUGCGAAAUGUACCCGAAAACAAAGGAUAUUGUUAAUAAAGAAUGCCACUUCUGCAGCUAGUCAUGUGAUAUGUGAGGAUUCAGCGAAAGGAUAUCGAAAAAUGUCAGUGGCCGUGUUUUUCCCAUGUGUUUGUUGUUUUGUUCUGUUGCCUAGCAACUAAAAAGCCCAAAACACUAGCCAUUUCCUUCCGGUCCCGUUACUACGUCGUAAUCCAGUUGGAAAACCCAAGGAUUAGGAAAAUUGCACUAAAAGCCAGGAUUUCCUACAACUCCGCAGAGAAAAAGUUGGAUAACCCCUGCCUAGAAAAGGUUUUUGAAAAGCCAAAAUAUUGGAAAUGAGUUCCAGGAGCCGAGCUCCCUAGUCACCAUGCAUCCACCGGGAGAAACACAAAGAAGCUGAAGAACUAAACCUAAACACCGCCAUUGCCUUAAAUCUUGGAAAAUAAUAAAUAAAAUCGACAUUAAACGAGCUUACUAGUCAACGAAUUUAUCGCCAUUAUCGCCCUGGAUAAUCAACUUUGUGGAGUAGAGAACCCCGAAUCCCAAACCAAUGACCACACGCCUCGCCCCGCAGCGCCAGUUCAUCAUCUCGACGCGCUCCGCCAUCACGGAUGCCACCUCGGCCCCGGAGGAGGACUCAGCGGAGGAGCAGCAGCUGACCGUCGAGGUGGAGAGCGCCACCAGCGGAACCGUUGCGGCCAGCACCACCAAUAGCACCACCUCGCCACCGCAUGCCGAGCAGUUUGAGUUCUGCACCGAGGAUGGAGUCGUGGUCUCGGCAACCCUGGAGGAUGUCAUGACACAGGUAAAACUUCUCCCCUUUUUGCAGAACUGCCAGCUCUUGCAGAAGAAACUAGAGGACGACGACGACUCCACGGGAGCGGGAACAACGGGAGCCGAUCAGCUGGAGGUGAUCCGCGUCGUCCUGCCCAUGGAUGCCGACGACUCGAGCAGCGAGGCCCACCUGCAUGGGCAUGUGGUGAACAGCAGCAGCGACACCAUCGGCACCAUUACCACCACGGAGCCCAACGGCACCACCGUGACCCACUCGAUACCCAUCCACAGCAUGGCCGACCUGGCAGCCAUCAAGGAUGGCGUGGAUCUGGCCCAGCAGGUGGCCAGUGGACAGGUGACCGUGGUCCAGGCCACCGAGGACGAUGAUGGAACGCCAUUCAUCACUGUGACGGUUUCGGGCCAGGAGCAAAACUACCAAGUGCAAUAUGUGGACUCGGAGCUGUACCACAGCAACUCCAGCCAGACGCAAAUGACCUAUCCGUUCUGCCCGGUGGGGGAUUACCAGGGCAACGGGCAGACGGCCUACUACUCGACCACGGGUCAGUACGGAGCCACCUCGUCGGCCGGCGGCUCCUCGAACGGGGCCCACUCCACGACGCUGCCGUACCUGGUGCCCGUGGAGGAGGGCAUCCUGCUCAACGGCUCCGCACACUCGCUGUCGCAGUCGCAGUCACAGUCGCAGUCGCACGGACGCGAUUCGCCGCACAGCCUGACGGUGAGUAGCAGGGAUUGGGAGCGGGAUGCGGACCGGGUGAACGGAACUAAUCGCCACUGGGUGCAGGAGGUCGCGUACAUCCAGGAGGCGCAGAGCACGCCCCAGACGCCCACCUCGACGACCACAACGCACUCGGCCAGCGGCGGCAGCCUGGGGACGGGCGGCGGAGGCGCCUCCCCGGAUUCCGACCAGAGUGCGCUCGGCAGCAGCAACAAGAUUGCCUCGGCAACGAUCAAGUGGCUGUCGCGCAACUACGAAACGGCGGACGGGGUGAGCCUGCCCAGGAGCACGCUGUACAACCAUUACAUGCAGCACUGCAGCGAGCACAAGCUGGAGCCGGUGAAUGCGGCCAGCUUCGGCAAGCUGAUACGUUCCGUGUUCUCCGGACUGCGCACACGUCGCCUGGGCACACGCGGCAACUCCAAGUACCAUUACUAUGGCAUCCGCAUCAAGCCCGGUUCGCUGCUGAACAGCCAGUCGAUGGACGACAAGCAGAUGCUGGCCGCCGGCUAUGGUCCGUCGGCGGAUGGAUCCGGAUCCGGCGGUCCUGGCAGUGGACCCAUGGUCAGCGUAACCAGCAGCACCGCCGGCCAAAUGGCGGGCUCCAAUGGACUGGGCGGUGGCCAGGGUCAUCGGCACAGCGGCGGCACCAAGAAGCACACCUUCAAACCGGAAACCUACGAGGCCUGCAUUCAGUACAUUGGCGAUGGAACUAGUGCCCUGCCCUCGUUUCCGGCCAUCGAGCUGAACCACAGUUUCAACAGCGAACUGACUUUGGAGGACGUGGACACAUUCCGGGCCCUGUACCGUGAGCACUGCGAGUCCUUUCUGGAUGCCGUGCUCAACCUGGAGUUCAACACCGUGGAGUUCCUGCUCCGUGACUUCUGGCGGGCCAGCGACAACAACAAUCUGGACGAGUGCGAGGAGGAGAAGUACUUGAGCAAGACGAAGCUGUAUCUGUUGUGCCACUGCGCAGAAGUGCAGAAGUUCGUGCGAGAGGUGGACUAUCAAUUCUACCAGAACACCGUUGAUGUCAUAAUACCGGAUGUGCUGCGCUCCAUACCAAACGCCCUGACCCAGGCCAUCCGCAACUUCGCCAAGAACCUGGAGAUCUGGCUGUGCGAGAGCAUGCUUGGUGUGCCCGAGCAGCUGGCCCAGAUCAAGACCAGUGCAGUCUCGGCCUUCUGCCAAACGCUGCGGCGAUACACCUCGCUGAAUCACCUGGCACAGGCCGCUCGAGCUGUGCUCCAGAAUGGUGCCCAGAUAUCCCAGAUGCUCAGCGAUCUCAAUCGCGUGGAUUUCCACAAUGUUCAGGAACAAGCCGCCUGGGUGAGUCAGUGUGCCCCCGCCGUGGUCCAGCGUUUGGAGAACGACUUCAAAGCUGCACUGCAGCAACAGAGCUCCCUGGAGCAGUGGGCCAGCUGGCUGCAACUGGUGGUGGAGUCGGCCAUGGAGGAGUACAACGGCAAGCCGACAUAUGCCCGAGCCGCCCGGCAGUUUCUGCUGAAGUGGAGCUUCUACAGUUCGAUGAUCAUCCGGGACCUGACCCUGCGAUCCGCCUCUAGUUUCGGCAGCUUCCAUCUGAUUCGCCUGCUGUUCGAUGAGUACAUGUUCUACCUGGUGGAGCACAAGAUUGCCGAGGCUCAGGACAAAACAGCCAUUGCGGUUAUCUGUGAAAGGAUGAAAAAGGACAUGGACUUUGAGUUCGAGUGCCAGUUCGCCUACAUCACCAGCGACACGGAGCAGCAGACGACGCCCAGCUCGGCCAGCAGUGGAGGCGACGUGGGCAACGAGGCCAAGCGACUGAAGCAGGAAUGAGGCCCCGAGAUUCGGAUGUGGAUGCAGUGGCUGGCAUUGAGCGGAGUAUUCGUAGUGUUUAUCUAACCAGUAAUCGUUGUCCCCAUCAGUGUGCACCCCCCAGCCCCUGUCACCAGUCGUCACCAGUCAUUCAGCUCUGCAUUUACUAGUGGAACCGUGUUGUAUAUCCGUAAUUGUACCGUAUCCGUGUGCUAGUUUUUAGCCCUAAGUUACCACACACCCAGCGUAGUCAGUCAAAAUUUUAGUGGAUAGUUUUAGGCAGAUUCCGAACUCAUAUCCAGUAAAGGCUUUCUUGGACAUUCGUAAUUAAAUACGAAGAAAUAAAUUAUA